UAAGUUAAUUAACUUUCAUUUCAUCAUCUUCUUCCUUCUCCUCAUCCUCAGCUUAAUCCUCGGCAUCAUCACCUCACUGUUUAUCUUCUUCACCAUUCUCUUCACCAUCUUUCUCAUCAUCUUCACCAUCCUCUUCCUCUUCAUCAUCUUGGCUCCUCAUGGAACUCGAUGCUGGGUUUUCCUCUUGUCCAUCUUGGUUCUUCGCAGAACCUGCGGAACCCAACCCGGUGUUGGGUGGCGGAACCUAAGCCAGUGCUAGGUUUCUUGAGGAACCCAAUUCCUUGCGGAACUCAGUUUUGGGUUCCUAGGUUUCGUGAGGAACCCAGAUCUGGGUUUCGUGAAGAACCCAGUUCUAGGUUCCUAGGUUCCUUGAAGAACCUAGGUUCUGGGUUUCACGAGGAACCCUUGACGAACCCAGAACCUAGGUUACGCGAGGUUCCUUGAAGAACCCAGUUUCUGGGUUCCUCGUAGAACAAACCCUAGCAUUUCUUCCAGUAAUUUCACAAUUUCACUUCAUUUCCAUAGCUCUGAGCACGAAAUUCAUAUUCUUGGUGAUUGGUUUGAUCAAUUUUGAAGUUUGGGAUGGUAAAGCUAGUUUUUCUUUGCUCUGUUUCUUUAGCUUCUUGCUUUGUUUGGUUGCUGAGAAAAUAUUUCUGAUCCCUUUUUUUUUUCUUUCCGUAGAAAAGUUGUUUCAU